AUGUUAGACGAGGAUAUACAAAAAGAUGUUGCGUUGGCUAUUGAACUGGAAGAGAAAGGACAAAUAAAAGAAGCUUAUUUCUCAUUCACUGCAACCAGCCAAAAAGCCAUCCAAGCACUAAAUGAAAUCAAAUUUGUACAUUCCUCCAUUAUUUCCAGCCCAAAGCAAUAUGCAUCUCUUUUAUCAUCCAUCAAAACAUGCUUACAACAUAUAGAAACCAUCAUCGAGACACAUUCACCGGCAACAUACAAUCCUAUCAGUAGACAGACAACCGGUGAUCAGAAGCGUCCUCCUCUGCCUCCAAAGCCUUCGAGAAUGCAAAAGCCAGCUGUACCACCAAAGCCCAAGGUGCCAUCUCCUACAGUGACAACUACAUCGCCAUCGAAACCACCCGCCACGACGACUAUUGAAACUGAAUUGCCGGACAAUUCACAUCAACAGCCUGAACCACCGAUUAUUACACCACGUGUUUACGAAAGUCGACCUACGAGUUUACCACCACUACCUCAUAGCCAUAUCAGUUCACUACAAAAGUCUCCAAGACCAGUAACAGAGUACUCUUCAGAAAAUACCAAGCAUCUAUCCAAUAUUCGCAUUGUCGCUGAGGGAGAAAUCGACCCUGAUUAUCUGGUGCCUGCACAGACAAAUGCUGGUGAUAGUUUAGCGCCAUCCUCGAGCACCAUGAACACAGAUCACGUUCCACUCAUUCCUGCACCUCCUCUUCUCACGACGCACCGAGUAUUGCAGCAGAAAGUAGAUGAAUUGGAGGAGAAGAUUCGCAGCUGCAGAGCCCGCAAACAAGCUAUUGCUCAAGGACAAGCACUUGAUGCCAUGACAGAGGAUAGUUUGGAUCAGAUGAUUGCACAGUAUCUCAGAGUGUUGGCAGAGCUCAAGGUGACAUUGAACGGCGUUCGAACAACCUACAUGAGUGCAGCGACGAUACCAAGUAUCCUACAGUUUCAGGCCCAUGUCAUUGCAUAUCAGAUUACCCUGAUUGAGGCUGCUAUCUUUGAUGCAAUACCCCCACAAGCACUAUUGGAGCACUCAUCCAAGCAUCCACAUCCUCGUAUUGUAGCAUCGACUGAUUUCUUCAACUACAUUACUCGCUGUAUCGAGCAUGCAGUCUUAUUACCACAAGAGGCAUCAUCCAGAGCACAACUGAUUCACUACUGGAUCAAGGUAGCCUCACGCUGCUUUGAUGUCAACAACUACCAAACACUCAAAGCCAUUAUAUCAGCAUUGAAUACACCCCCUGUACAGCGUCUGAAGCGCACUUGGGCAUAUAUACCCAAAAAGAGCACCACCAAGCUGGAUGCAUUGAAUGAGCUCAUGUCAGAAGCAAACAACUAUGGCCAAUAUCGAGAGCAUAUGGGCAUGGUAACAACCACGGUAGUCAAUGGCAAAAGUGUGCAGCUGAUCCGAGAUGAGCACUACUCAAGACCCACUGUGCCGUUCCUUGGCACCUUUAUCCAUGAUAUCACUUACUUGCUGGCUGCCUUCAAGAGCUCCAAUAAUCCCGGCAAUCCGGAAGAGGAGCCCCGCAUCCAUGAAGUACUCAAUACCAUGCAUCGUUUCCAAACUGGGCCUCGUUACACGCCUUCAUUACCAGCUGCAUUCUUAAAAUCAUCACAAAAGCAUCAUUUCAGACCAGCCUUAUCGAGUGCGUUACAUCGUGGCGCAUCUCGAAUACAACGAUUCAGCGGUGGCGGGUUCUUUGGCGGUGGUGGCAGUAGCAAUGAAUCACCCAAUAGCAGUAGCAGCAGCGUCGCCAACAUGUCCAUGAUGGAGGAAGGCGGAGAAGAUGAGAAUCUGGACGAGCAGCAGAAAAUGGCAACACAGUAUAUCCUGAUGCGAUCCUGGGUGAGUCAAAACACAGUGGAUGAGCUGAGCACUUUGAGAGAACCACCACAAGUGAAAUCGAACAGCAUGUACGGCACUCGCAGCAGUAGCAACAAUGGCAACCGCACCAGCUCAGUUUUUAGCAACGCCAGCUCCAAUGUCAGGUUCAGCACAGGAUCAGUUUCUUUGAACACAUUGAGUACGCAUGGAGACAGUAGCAUGGAGGAAGAGGACGAAAAGAGAUACAGCCAGCCACCCUAUUUCCCGUUUAGAAAGAGCGCGGAUGGUAGUAACAACAAUUUUGCGAGACCUGUUACUAUACAUGAAGGUGGUUCAACAGAGGGACUAUCAAGAGAGGAAACUGAAAACUUUCAUGUGGCGUCGUCAAGAACUACUUGGAAUGGUGGACCGCCACAACCACAGCAAUCGCACGUACCCAUUGUACCACCACGACCUGUACCCAAACCUCCUACUGCUACUGCUGCUACUAACACUGCUAGCAAGGCAACAACAGCGCCUACUCAGAAUGAUGAAUUCAGGGCCGCUUUGGCUCAACGAUUGGCAAAAGUGUCGACGGAGGGAUCAUAA